AUGGUCCCCAGCUUUACUGCAUAUUUUAAGAACCUGGUGACAGAAAACAAAAUCAUUUCUCAGGAAACCAUCAGUUUGAUAGAGUUACAACUGAGAAAAGGGAACAUUGAGGGGGCAACCUCUGCAAUCAAAAGUGUAUUAGAAGAAAUUCAUACUGCCCGACUCAGCAUCGCUGUGACAGGGGAGUCAGCAGGGAAGUCCAGUUUCGUCAAGGCCCUGAGAGGGGUUGGACAUGAGGGAGAAGAGGCAGCUCCUGUUGGGGUGGUGGAGACGACCACAGAGAGGACUCCAUACGAACACCCAAAUUUUUCCAACAUGAGAAUCUGGGACCUGCCUGGGAUUAGAGUCACUAAGUUCUGGCCAAAAGAUUACCUGGAGAAAGUAAAAUUUAGGGAGUAUGACUUCAUUAUUGUUUCUUCUACAUGCUUCAAGAAAAAUGAUCUAGAUCUGGCCAAGGCAAUCAAAAUGAUGAAGAAUUUUUACUUUGUGAGAACCAAGGUAGACUGUGAUUUAAAAAAUGCACAGAUAUCUAAGCCAAUGACCUUUGACAGAGAAAAAAUCCUGCAGCAGAUCCGAGAAUUGUGUAAUUUUAAGAAGAAAAACAUUGAUGAAUCACAAAUAAUUUUGAUAUCCAACUGUGAUUCAUCUAAGUAUGAUUUUCCGAUCUUAAAGGAUCUGCCUGUUCAAAAGCACCAUGAUUUUAUGCUUUCCCUUCUCAAUAUUACUGAAACCAUUGUAAGAAACCAGGAUUCUCAUAAGCAGUUUACCAGGCUAGAAGCCUUGAAGGCUAAAAUAUUGGCCACCUUGCCUAUGGAGGGCAUCACCAGUGACAAUGACGUGGAGAAGCUGCAGGCAGGCUUAAGCUACUAUUGAGUCCUUUUUGGUUGAGAUGAUGCGUCCUUGCAGAGUGUGGCUGAGAAUGUGUGUUCCUUUGGAUUUGUUGAAAAUCUCCAAAAUUUCUGGAGUUGUGCUCAGUACCUAGAGAUGUGGCACUUCUCCAUCGUGCAGCUCUUCAAUGUUGUAGGAUGCUUCAUCAGAAUCAGCAAGGAAGAGGACCUAAAAGGGCAAAGGGAUUGCACCACUUUCUAUGAUGUGAUGGUUCCAGUACAGCCACUCAACAUCUACAGGAAAAUGAGGACCCGAGUAGGGAAGAUUGCAGGAGCAGCCAACUAUCCAUCCUUUUGUUUUCCUUAUUGUCCUGGCAAAGACUACCAAUAUGAUGUUAAGCAGAAAUAG